AUGCCUGAGAUAUCUCUUCCGAGAAAUGACAAUAGCAUUCGUGUCUAUCAGGAAAUCCGUGUUCUUCAGAUUGGAAACCGUGGAAAACAAAUGGCGAGAGGACGAGAAAAAUUCCGCAGUGCAUGGAAUAAUGGAUGGCUACGAGAAUUGGAAAUCGAGAGAUUAGAAACAAGUUUUUCGAAAGAAGCAAAACGGGAUGCUCGAUCAGUAUAG